AUGGCGCUCAAUCCCGGCGAUGACAAGCUCGUGUUCGAGUCGUCCGAAUCAGUCACUGUCGCUCCUACUUUCGAAGCACUCAACCUCCGGGAAGACCUCCUCCGCGGUGUCUACGCGUACAACUUUGAGAAGCCCUCAGCUAUCCAGCAACGCGCCAUCAUCCCCAUCAUCCGCGGGCGCGAUGUGAUCGCCCAGGCUCAAUCCGGUACUGGUAAGACGGCGACGUUUGCCAUCUCGGCUCUGCAGUCGCUCGACCUUAACAUUCGUGAGACGCAGGCGCUCGUACUCUCGCCAACUCGCGAGUUGGCUGUGCAGAUCCAAACGGUCGUCCUCGCCCUCGGCGAUUACAUGAACGUGUCGUGUCACGCGUGCAUUGGUGGCACUAGUGUCGGCGAGGACAUCCGCAAGCUCGAGGCUGGGCAGCAGGUCGUCAGCGGCACGCCGGGUCGUGUGUUUGACAUGAUCCGCCGACGCAACCUUCGCACCAAGGACAUCAAGAUGCUUAUUCUUGACGAGUCGGACGAGCUCCUCAACAAGGGCUUCAAGGACCAGAUCUACGACAUCUACCGCUACCUUCCCCCCGCCACUCAGGUCGUCAUCGUCUCGGCGACGCUUCCCCACGACGUCCUCGAGAUGACGACCAAGUUCAUGACCGAGCCUAUCCGCAUCCUCGUCAAGCGCGACGAGCUGACUCUUGAGGGCAUCAAGCAGUUCUUUGUUGCUGUUGAGAAGGAGGACUGGAAGUUUGACACGCUCUGCGACCUGUACGACACCCUCACCAUCACCCAGGCCGUCAUCUUCUGCAACACGCGCCGCAAGGUCGACUGGCUGACGGAGAAGAUGCGCGAGGCAAACUUCACCGUGUCGUCGAUGCACGGCGAGAUGGUGCAGAAAGAGCGUGACGCUAUUAUGGCCGAGUUCCGUGGCGGCCAGUCUCGCGUACUUAUCACCACCGAUGUGUGGGCGCGCGGCAUUGACGUGCAGCAAGUGUCUCUUGUCAUCAACUAUGACCUUCCCUCGAGCCGUGAGAACUACCUCCACCGUAUCGGUCGUUCUGGCCGUUUUGGGCGCAAGGGUGUUGCGAUCAACUUUGUCACUGUCGAGGACGUGCGCAUUCUGCGAGACAUUGAGCAGUACUACUCUACGCAGAUCGACGAGAUGCCCGCACAGGUGCAGGAGCUGGUGUGA